UUCUCAAGACAAUGAACAUAGUUUAAGUUUGGAAUGGACGCAUUUAGCUCGCAGUGAAGACGAUAAGGCAGGAGGAUUUUUUUACAAAUCGAAUUCGGCACAUGAUGUAUUGCAAUUACAACAAGACCCGGUGAAGUCUAUAAUGAUGCGAAUCGGAAUGAAAAUUGUAGAAAGUCCCGAAGUCGUUAAACAAUCAAUAGAAGAAGUAGAGUUGAACGUUUUAAGUUGCACACCUGAUUUGGCAUUGAAAUUCAUUCAUGAAACUGAUGUGGAAAUCAGAGGUCUAGACUUAGAACAGUCAUGCUUUAUGUCGAUCGAACAUUUCAAACGAAUGAUUUCAUUCCUUCUUGAGGCCAAACAAUUUAAGGAAAGGUUUCAAGGGCUGCCAAUAUGUCUUACUCAAGACGGAUGUCUUCAAAUGUUUGACUCAAAUGAGCCAGUUUUUUGCUCACUGUACGUUUCCCUGUUACCCGGAUCAGCCAACGAAUUUAUGCACAGAGAUAUAGUUGAAUAUUUUAAGCACAAGACAUAUCUUUUCCAUUCUGGAGUGUUGAAAGAAUUGGUGGUAGAGGAUUUACUCAAUCUGCUUCCGCUUUCAUUAGGUGAAACUGUUUUUCAUUGUGAAAAUGACUUUGAAGUAGAAUCGUUUCAGUACGAAAAAACUGGGAUUGACCUGUACAGGUUCUUCAUGUUUUUACAUGAAAACUCGCUCAACCACUCCAAAAUGUUUUUAGUUGACCAAUUCGUAACAAACCUUUCUUAUUUCAAGGAUUGGUCGUUCCUCCCGUCACAUAGUACAACACAAGGGGAUGCAUCAAAAUGCUUAAUUCCUCUAGACCAAUCGUACAGACUGUAUACUGUUGAAAGCGGUAAUAAAAAUGUUCAUGGAACUAUUUCAAAACUCAAUUUGCCAACUUUAGACACUAGUUGGUUAUUUAUUGAUAUCAUACAAAGGGAUUUAGAUAUUAAAAUGGGUUAGAAAAAGUGAUUGCAUCUGUGUCAAGUCCAGAAAAAUUAAUCAAGUGUCUUAACUUUUACAAACAAAAGUUACAAGGCAGAAUCUCAAAUUCUGAAGCUGCCGAUUUACUUGGAUAUUUUUCAGAAAGGCUAGAAGAAAUGCUUAUGAUUGUCGAAUUUGAGAACAUGAUACGGUCAUUGCCGUUGUUCGAAUCUGUAAACGGAGAAUUAAUUAGUAUUGAAAACGACAAAAAGGUUGGUAUUAUAUCUUCAAGAAUUCCUCCAGAUGGAAUGAAAGAAAUCGCCGAGGCUACAAAUACAACAUUUGCAAUGUGUAAUACAAAGUAUUCCAAUCUGUUAAAACUUCUUUCGUCAAGUUAUGAAAUUGACCGACUGUAUGCAGAAAUAAUUGUUCCAAAUUUUCAAGCAAUUUCAUAUGCUCACAGACUGAAACACCUGGAAUAUAUCAGAGAUCAUGUUUGUCGAGAUGUUACCGAAAGCUCGGGGUAUACAGAGCAAAUUUUUCGAAAUCUCAUGGACAUUCAGCUUAUUCGAAUGGGAAAUCAAGAUAGACGCGUAAACGAGUUCUAUAGCCACAGAAACAAUAUAUUUGUUGAAAUGCUUACUGAGGAUGAAUUCCUUCCAAAGCACUUUAGAACAAACGUCUGGAAAAGAUUCAUUGAAGCAUUGGGACUUAUCACACACCCUACUCAACAACAAGUGUUGGAAUUUGCAAAAUGUAUCGCACAUGAAUCCGCAAAUGCUCGAAUGAAUAUAAACGAUUUGCAGAAAAAAUCAAGCGUACUUACGUCGUUUAUUUUGGCUGCUGAGGAUAAUUUCUUUAGCGAAAACGUCCUCCAGGAGCUCAAAAAUAUAAAGUUUGUUAUCUCGCACGCAGUUGACGUUGACAAACGUGCCAUAUACAACUCUUUUAUCAAGCCAAAUGGGUUUAUUUGUUUCAAUGGGUCAACAACACACACAUGGGAGGAUAUAUGUUGGUCAAGUACACCGCUUUUAUACAGUGCCUUAACUAUCAGGUCAGAUAAACGCCGUCAAGAACUUGGUGUGUUGAAGUAUCCGUCAGUAGAAAGGGUUAUUGUUCAUAGUCAUAAUGUAACUGAAGUAUUUCACAAAGAUUUCAUAAGGAAAACAACCCAAACACGUGACAACGUGAAAUAUAUCACUAAGCUAUACGACUUUUUAAAGGAUCAUUUAGACAGCCCUGAGUUGAAUAGAUUAAGGAAUUCAUAUUUUGUUCUCAUACCUAACGAGGCUAUGAUUAAAGCCGACAUGGUAUUUGAAAGCUCCUCGUUUAAAAACACUGAGAUCAAGCCAUAUUUGUACAAACUACCAAAAUCCUUACGAAAAUACAUUGACCUAUUUGAAACACUUGGAGCGAUGAAUCAACCUUGUAGAUCCCAGUGUAUAAAAGUGCUGGAAUCAAUAAAAAACGAUUUUAAUGAUCAGACUUUGCCACCACGUUUGCUUAAAAAGGUUGCACAGACAAUCACACUACUUUUCAAACUUGAUGGAUCACCUAGAGAUAACGAGUUAAAAUUGUUUCUUCCAAACAAAGAAAUGAAACUGAGAGAAUCGUCAAGUCUCACUGUAUGUGACAAUAAAACAUAUGCGGAUAUUUUAAAAGGUGUUGCUGACAUUGAUUACGUUCUUGGAUUCAAGGAAAUGGAAAUAAUGGAAUUAACAGACACAGAUGCAAUGUUUAGAACAUUACCUGAUUCUAUGCAGCCGUCUUUUCUAAGCGAAGUCGUCGUUGAAAGUGUGUUUAUAGAUUCGAUUGAAACUGUACAUUCUCCUGUGUCCUGUGAUUGGCAGUGCUUUGUUCGUAGUGAAAGUUUAAUUAAUGGAAUAAUCAGGCUCAUUCGUGAUCAGUGUGGAUUAGGUCACAAGGGACAACCAACGACUGAUUUAGAAUAUAGAUCAAGAAACAAAUUGAGAAAUAUCCGUAUUAAAGAAGUAAAUGGAUUAGUAGCAACAGUGUCAUACAAAGGCAGUGUGUUGGAUGGGAUACGCUUGCAAAGAACAUGUUAUUUAAAGGAUAUAAAUUGUGCCAAUGGGAUCUCGUCCUUUGAACUGUACUUUGACUUUCAGGGCGCUUCAGAUGAAACAAUGAUACUUUCCGAGGAAGACGGAAUUUUCGAUCUAGUACAAAAAUGCACCGAACAUACCCUGGACAAAGACAGAUGUAUUAUACUGGGUGCAUUAUUGAACUACAGAAAAACACCUGAAAAAAUUCCUGAACUGCUUGAUAGACGCAGAGUUGCGCAAAUUGAUUUUAAACCCUCUUCCGUAUUUCCAAAGCCUGGAACCUACGUAAAUCGGGAAUUUUACCCAUUUCUACUCCAAGAAAUAGUUCCCUUUAAAGCGCAUGAAUUUGAAUUCGUAGCUAUGGAAGUAGAAUAUGAAGAUGAUGAAAAUAACGCAUUUAUAUACGUUCAUAUCAUAAGUCAAAUACCAAAAUUUGCGGGAUCUUCAAUCAUAGCUUUACGUUACACGGUAAAUGCUGGCGAAACUAGAGGUUUCAUCGAAGCGCCAAUAUUCAAACUUUAUCGUUUCGUUUCCCCAAAUUCUCAAAAUACUAAUAGAGAAGUGGAACUUUAUGACUUACAACACAUAAUCACACUACCUCUUGACGAAAAUCGCCAAAGGGUAAGGGAAUUGUUAACUGCAGCUUUUCAGAUGAUCGAAACAGAGAGAAAAAUAUUGAUAAAGCGACAAUUGUUAAGAUGGCAUCCCGACAGAAACCCUGGUUUAGAAGAUUAUGCAAAGGAAAUAUUCGACUUUAUCAAAAAACUUAUAGUCGAAUUGGAGGAAAACGAGCAUGCUAUGCGAUCCAGCGGAACAUUUUCUUCGAGUACGUUUCGGUCUCGUUACUACAAUUUUAGUACAAGGAUUGAAUGCAAAGGUCGAGUGUUCGCUCAAGAAUUUCACGAAAGAAAACGACAUUACAAUGCGUAUUUCACCAGUGGUUAUAAUACUAGCAGCAGCAAUGAGUACGUUCCCGUCCCAAACAUCGGAGAAGCGAAACGAUGGCUACGCCAAGCGAAAACGGACUUUCACGUCGCGAGUGGUAUGCUUGCCAAUCCCGAAGAGGGAUUCAAGGGGUUCAACUGGAUUUGCUAUCAAUUACACCAGGCAUGUGAAAAGGCGCUUAAAGCUGCCAGAUUUUCCAGAGAUGCCAAUCGAUGUCCGCGAUGGUCACAUAAUCUAUGCAGCAUUGCAGAUGGAAUUGAGAUUGAUGACAUUAAAGAAAAGGUAAGAUUGUUCGAAUCACGCCUAAACAUAUCGGACAGGCAGUACUUCCGACUUCGGUAUCCAGAUGCCGUUGAAAUGAACAAGCUGCCUUCUGACGUAUUCAGUUUAGACGAUGCCGCAUUUGCAAAGGAAACUGCUCAUGAAAUUAUAGCGUUCGUGGAGGACUACAUAUAGUAAAUUAUUUAAACCAUAUGCCAAUAAAAUUACGUCAAGAGAAUAUUAUCUACCAGACGGAUCGAUGUUUGGUCAUCGAAAUAUCGCAGUUAUGAAAAUAAGUGUCGUUGACAUUUAGAUAUCUAUUAUUGUUUUGUUUUCUAUAGGACAGAUGCGUUAGCAUUCUUCAUUAUAAUAUGUGUAUGUGGGGGAAACAAUUCUGCAAUUAUUGAAACAGUAUAAUAUUUAAUUGAAAUGAUGUCAUUUAUGUCUUUUGUUGUUAAUAGAAAUAUUUUUAAAUACAUUAGACUAAGCUAUUAAACAUUUUGUUUGUAAAUAUUACUUAUAUAAAUUUCAGUCCACUUCUUUUAUUUACAUGCUAAAAUAUUCAAGUUUUACAAAAGCUUUUACAUUUGCUUGUUAUUUGAAAAAAAGGUUAAGGUAAAAGUGUUUCCUUACGUGUAUGUAAAUUUGCAAGAUUUCGUUGUUUUCAUAACCUAUAAAGGCGCUUAGAGUAUAUUAGCUUAGAUGUUAGUUAAUAGAUUACUAUAAUUGUAAAUAUGUGUACAUCAGAUAGAUAUGCUUAGGAAUUUGCUUUAAACCAGAAUUAAGACUAUGUAUAACUUUAAAUGAACAUAUUUAUAUAUCAGAUGAACUGUUACUUUAUCUUAAUUAAGAUAAUUAUUUGCUGUCAUGUUUUAAAUAAUAAUGUCUUUAAAUGUGCGUGAAAUAGUUUGUCGAAUGGAUGUCGAGUAUGCGAAUUAUUUUUAAUGAAUACAUGGUUAACAUACGUUUAAAAAAGCUUUAUGUUUAAUUUCAACAUAUGUAGUGGUUUAUGCAUUAUGUUAUUAUAUUUUGUUUAAAAUUAUUUUCAAAAUCAUCACAUUUUUAACUUUAUUUUAUUUACUAUAUGUGCCUCACUGUAUAUAUGAUAUAUAGUUCACCUUUGAUUAAUAAGUAUUUUUCCGUUAUUAUUCACAAUGUAUUUUUGUAUAUAAGUUUGUUAAUUUGUAAGCUGGAACACACGUUUUUGUGAUUUUAACGUCCUUGUAUUGCAUGCCUUGCGGACAAAGUUUAAUAUAGUAUAGAUUAUGAAUAUAUCAAAAACAAAGGGUCCCAGAUAACUUUAUUGUACAUUUUUUAUCCAUAUGAUAUAUUUGUGUAUAAACAAAGUAUUGGGGUGUUAUUUCAAACAUUUAACAUACAGAGUUAUGUUCGUUUUAAGAUUCAUUAUACCAUGUUUGAUUUUUUUAUUCGACAAUUUGUAACGCUGUGCUAGCAGAGAGUGGGUCUUUUUAAUUAAAUAUAUAACUUUCUAUUUAUAAAUUGUGAAAAAAACAAUAUCAGUGUUAUGUUCCACAUGAUGUUUCUUUGUAUGAAAAAAUAAUAAUUUAACCAUGACUAUUUUCCCAUAUUUGAUUGUGUUUUUUUUCCAGAGGAUGUGUUUUUGUAUAAACAUAAGUUGGGCCUGUUAAUUAUAAUUCAAUUGGUGUAUUUUACCUUAUUUGAUUGUGUUUUACUUCCACAGGAUGAACCUUUGUAUAAACAAAGGGUGGGCUUGUUAAUUAUAAUUCAAAUUUGUUUAUUAUACUAUAUUUGAUUGUGUUUUAUUCCUCAUGAUGUAUCUUUAUAUAAACAAAGAGUGAGCCUGUUAAUUAUAAUGCAAAGGUGUCUUUUAUACCAUAUUUGAUUGUGUUUUUAUUACACUGGAUGAACCUUUGUGAAAACAAAGGGUGGGCCUGUAAAUUAUAAUUCAAAAUUUUGUAUUAUACUAUAUUUGAUUGUGUUUUAAUUCCACAGGUUGAACCUUUGUAUAAACAAAGGGUGGGCCUGUUAAUUAUAAUUCAUAUGUGUGUAUUAUACUAUAUUUGACUGUGUUUUUAUUUCACACGAUGAACCUUUGUAUAACUAAAAGGUGGGCCUGUUAUUAUUUAAGCUUGCGUAUUAUACAAUAUUUGAUUGUGUUUUUUCCACAAGAUGAACCUUUAUAUAGACUAAGGGUUGAUAUGUUAAUUAUAAUACAAAUCUGUGUAUUUCUUAUAUUUGUUUAUGUUUUAUUCCACGGUAUGAACCUUUGUAUAAACUAAGGGUGGGUCUGUAAAUUAUUAUUCAAAUUUGUGUUUUGGUUUUUUUUAUUUAUGUUUUAUUCCACGGGAUGAACCUUUGUAUAAACAAAGGAUGGGCCUGUAAUUAUUAUUCAAAUUGGUUUAUUAUACUUUAUUUGUUAUUUAUUAUGUGUGCAUUAUACUAUAUUUGAUCGUGUUUUAAUUCCUCAGGAUGUAUCGUUAUAUAAAUAAAGAGUGAGCCUAUUAAUUAUAACACAAAGGUGUUUUUUAUACCAUAUUCGAUUGUGUUUUUAUUCCACUGGAUGAACCUUUGUAAAUUUUUGUAUUAUACUAUAUUUGAUUGUGUUUUAAUUCCACAGGAUGGACAUUUGUAUAAACAAAGGGUGGGCCUGAUAAUCAUUAUUUAAAUUUGUUUAUUUUACUUUGUUUGUUUGUGUUUUUAUUCCACAGGAUGGACCUUUGUAUAAACAAAGGGUGGGCCUGUUAAUUAUAAUUCAGAUUUGUGUAUCAUACCAUAUUUGAUUGUGUUCUUAUUCCACAGGAUGAACUUUUGUAUAAACAAAGGGUGAGCCUGUUUAUUAUAAUUUAAGCUUGCGUAUUAUACAAUAUGUGAUUGUGUUUUUAUUCCAAAGGAUGAACCUGAAUAUGAAUUUAGUGUGGGCCUGUUAAUUAGAAUACAAAGUUGUGUUUUUUUAUAUGUGUUUAUGUUUUAUUCCACGGGAUGAACCUUUGCAUAAACAAAGGGUGGGCCUGUUAAUUAUUAUUCAAAUUUGUUAAUUAUACGAUAAUUAAUCGUGUUUUUAUUCCUCAGGAUGUAUCUUUAUAUAAACAAAGAGUGAGCCUGUUAAUUAUAACACAAAAGUGCCUUUUAUACCAUAUUUGAUUAUGAUUUUAUUCCACUGGAUGAACCUUUGUAAAAACAAAGGGUGGGCCUGUUAAUUAUAAUUCAAAUUUUUGUAUUAUAAAAUAUUUGAUUGUGUUUUUAUUCCCCAGAAUGAACCUUUGUAUAAACAAAGGGUGGGCCUGUUAAUUAUAAUACAUAUUUCUGUAUUAUACCAUAUUUAAUUGUGUUUUUAUUCCACAGGAUGAACCUUUGUAUAAACAAAGGGUGGGCCUGUUAAUUAUAAUUCAAAUUUCUGUAUUACUAGUAUACCUUAUUUGAUUGUGUUUUAUUCCAGAGGAUGAACCUUUGUAUAAACAAAGGUGGGCCUGUUAAUUAUAAUUAAAAUUUCUGGAUCAUACCAUUUUAAUUGUGUUUUUAUUCCACAGAAGGAACCUUUGUAUAUACAAAGGGUGGGCCUGUUUAUUAUAAUACAAAUUUAUAUAUUAUACCAUAUUUAAUUGUGUAUUUUUAUUCCACAGGAUGAACCUUUGUAUAUACAAAGGGUGGGCCUGUUAAUUAGAAUACAAAUUUAUGUAUUAUACCAUAUUUAAUUGUGUGUUUUUAUUCCACAGGAUGAACCUUUGUAUAUACAAAGGGUGGGCCUGUUAAUUAUAACACAUAUUUCUGUAUUAUACCAUAUUUGAUUGUGUUUUUAUUCCACAUGAUGAACCAUUGUAUAAACAAAGGGUGGGCCUGUUCAUUGUAAUUUAAAUUUGUGAAUUAUACUAUAUUUGAUUGUGUUUUUAUUGCACAGGAUGAACCUUUGUAUAAACAAAGAGUGGGCCUAUUAGUUAUAAUUCAUAUGUGUGUAUUAUACUUUAUUUGAUUGCGUUUUUAUUUAACAGGAUGAACCUUUGUAUAACCAAAAGGUGGGCCUGUUAUUAUUUAAGCUUGCGUAUUAUACAAUAUUUGAUUGUGGUUUUUUCCACAAGAUGAAUCCUUUUAUAGACUAAGGGUGGAUAUGUUAAUUAUAAUACAAAUCUGAUUAUUUCUUAUAUUUCUUUAUGUUUUAUUCCACAGUAUGAACCUUUGUAUAAACAAAGGAUGGGCCUGUAAAUUAUAAUUCAAAUUUGUUUUGUUUUUUAAAUCUGUUUAUGUUUUAUUCCACAGGAUGAACCUUUGUAUAAACAAAGGGUGGGCCUGUUAAUUGUUAUUCAAAUUUGUUUAUUUUAAUAUAUUUGAUUUUGUUUUUAUUCGUCAGUAUGUAUCUUUAUAUAAACAAAGAGUGAGACUUUAAUUAUAACACAAAGGUGUCGUUUUUACCAUAGUUGAUUGUGUUUGUAUUCCAAUGGAUGAACCUUUGUAAAAACAAUGGCUGUGCCUGUUAAUUAUAAUUCAAAUUUUUGUAUUAUACUAUAUUUGAUUGUGCUUUUAUUCCACAGGAUGGACCUUUGUAUAAACAAAGGGUGGGCCUGUUAAUUAUAAUUCAAAUGUAUGUAUUAUACUAUAUUUGAUUGUAUUUUUAUUCCAUAGGAUGCCUGUUAAUUAUCAUUUAGGCUUGCGUAUGAUACAAAGUUUGUUUGUAAUACUAUAUUUGAUUGUGUGUUUUUAUUCCACAGGAUGAACCUUUGUACAAACAAGGGGUGGGCCUGUUAACUAUAAUUCAAAUUUGUUUAUUAUACAAUAUUUGAUUGUGUUUUAUUUCACCGGAUGUAUCUUUAUAUAAACUAAAGGUAACCCUGUUAAUUAUAACACAAGGGUAUAUAUUAUACCAUAUUUGAUUGUGUUUUUAUUCCACAGGAUUAAUCUUUGUAUAAACAAAGACAGGACCUGUUAUUAAUGAUUCAAACUUGUGUAUUAUAUAUAUGCGUGUAAUUCGUUCCAUAGGAUGUAGCAUUGUAUUAGCAAAAAGUGGGCCUGUUCAUUAUAAUUUAAACUUGUGUAUUUUACCAUAUUUGAUUGUGUUUUUAUUCCACAUGAUGUAUCAUUGCAUAAACAUAGAGUGGGCAAGUUAGUUUUAAUCGAAGGUUAUUUAGCAUUGCAUUGUUCUGAACAGUACGGAAAUAUAUUUGGAUGAGAACACAACUGGGAAACCCAUAUUGGACGAGCCGUUAGGUGAGUCUAAUAUGAUUUUCCCAGCUGUGUACACAUGAUGUAUAUAUUUAUUCACAAAAAGUUGGUUAGUUAAUUUUAAUUUACAUUUAACAUGUGUUGUGUUAUCACUUUAUGACAUACUGUUUCUUCGUAAUAGUGGAAUGUAUACUUUGUACAAACAAGAUAUGCGCCUGUUGUAUACCAUCCUAACAAAUAUUUAUUUUAUUUUCACUUGAAACCAAUGAUCUAUUUUACUUGAUUACCUUUUAAUAAGAAAUGAGUGGGACGAUUAUUCAUUUGUUUAAACAAAGGUUGGGCCUGUGUAUAAGAUUUUUAGAUUUGUGUAUAAUACUAUAUAAUAUAAGUUUCAUUCAAUAGGAUUUGCAUUUGUGUAACGUACUUUUAUUUCUGUUAAUUUCACUUCAUUAACUAAGUGUUUAUUUACACAUAAUGUACCUUUGUGUUGGGUUUGCGAUGUUUAAUUUUAAACGCAAAAUUUAGUUUUCAUUGAAUGGUUCCAGGAUGUAUCUUUGUAUAAGACAUGGGUGGGUUUGUCUGAAUUCAAUUUAUGAUGUUUGUGUAUUAUUCCAAAGGAUGUGUAAAUAAAAAGUGUGCCAGUUCAUUUUGAUUUAAAACGCACUUCAAAAUCGGCCAUUGUAUGUAAAUAAGAUAUAGAUGAUUGAUUUGCUGGAUUAAACCAUAAAAUGCAGGCAAAGUGGGGACGUGUUACUUAUAGCAUAACACCCAUAUCUAUUGCAUAUUGGUUUAUGGAUUAUUUUGCACAGAUUAACAAUAGAGCAAAACAAAUUUUUAUUUCUAAGUGAUUGGCCUUUCAUUAGUUUGAUAAAUUACACGCUCAAUUAUUGUAGUUUACUUAAAUUUUUGCCUCUGAAUACAAUGGGAAAAUACAAAUUUAAGUUUCAAAAAUGAAAUAGUGUGCUUAAUACUUUGAAAACCGAUCUUUUUAUAAUCGAUUGAUUUGAUCAGUAUAUGAAGUGUAUUUAAAUAUAGAAGACGAAGUUUGAAAUGGUUAUCAAUUAUCGUAAGGUGCUAAGGCAUACAAAAUAAUAUGUUUGUUUCAGGUUUCAUGUUCCCCAAAAUAGAGAAGGCAGCUUAGAAAAUAUUUUAUUUGUUUAUUGAGAAGUUUCUAUUACCAUAAAAUAUAAUUACAUGCUUAAGAACAUGUGCACAAUCAGUAUACGAAUCAACGGUAUUGUUUAAAGCCACACGCACUUCAUUUGAAACUUUGAGAUAGAAAUAAUCAAACAAAUGAUAAAAAAAAUAUUCUUAAGGCAAUUAUUAAAAGGGUAUUUCAGGACAAGAAACAAACAUUAUUUUCUUCUAAUUUAUCAACAGACAUUGUGUAAGCAAUUACUUGGCCAGUGAUAUACAUGUGAAGCGCAUAAUUAAAUUCCAUACACAAUAUGAAAAGGCUUUAUCUUUUAUUACUUAUUAUCACAACUAAUGGCUUGUGAUUGAUUAUUAAGGACUUAUAUUAUUCAUUUCGAACAAAGGGUUUGAACUUGCAAAUAAUCCAUCGAAUGAAAUUGUGUAUAAUCAACUUUUGUUUUUUUUUAUGAAUUGAAGUGAUUUUUGUAGUUAACUCACGUUUGCUUUAUUUUGUAAUUUGCUAUUUCAGUUGCACGAACAAAGAUUUAUGAAUGUAUGUGAUUUCACGAUGCACUGUCGAAUACACUUAACAAACUCUCUGGUUAUAUUCAUGAAGGAUUAGUUAUA